AUGGGACACAUGGGAGUCGACCGGACGCUGGACCUUGUAAGGACCAGGUUCUAUUGGCCAAAGAUGGUCAUGGAUGUGGAAAGGAAAGUGAAGACAUGUGGCAGGUGUGUGCGGAGGAAGGCACGGCCUGAAAAAGCAGCCCCAUUAGUCAACAUUAGGACCACGCGACCUCUCGAGCUCCUCUGUAUGGACUACCUGUCCCUGGAAGCUGACAAAAGCGGGACCAAGGACAUAUUAGUGAUCACAGAUCAUUUCACUAAAUUUGCGGUUGCAAUUCCAACACCCAAUCAAAAGGCCCGCACAGUAGCGAAGUGUCUGUGGGAGAACUUUAUGGUACAUUAUGGUAUCCCGGAGAAGUUACAUAGUGACCAGGGCCCAGAUUUUGAGUCUCGUACCAUCAAGGAGCUCUGUCAGGUAGCUGGUAUCCACAAGGUUCGGACAACCCCAUACCACCCUAGGGGUAAUCCUGUGGAACGAUUUAAUCGUACCUUACUGGACAUGUUGGGCACUCUCCAAAACCAAGACAAGUCCUGUUGGCGUAACCAUGUGAGACCCCUAGUCCACGCCUACAACUGCACUAGGAAUGAGGUAACUGGCUACACCCCAUAUGAACUUAUGUUCGGGCGCCAACCUCGCCUGCCAGUUGAUAUCGUUUUCAAGUUGCCCUUGCCAGAGGGUCAAUAUUCAUCUCAUUCAGAGUAUGUGCAAAGACUCAAGUCACGUCUCAAGGAAAGCUACAAGGUAGCUAUGGAGAAGGCUGCAAAGAUAGCUCACAAGAACAAAAUGAGGUACGACAAGUAUGUCACUGCCUCAGACCUGGAGCCUGGAGAUAGAGUAUUAGUCAGGAAUGUCCGCCUCCGGGGAAAACAUAAGAUCUCAGACAAAUGGGAACCCACCGUUCAUGUGGUGGUGAAAAGAGCAGGCACUCUUCCUGUAUACACUGUUAGACCUGAAACUGGGGAUGGUCCUCUAAGGACACUACACAGGGACCUGUUGCUUCCGUGUGGGUAUUUACCUGUGGAGGAAAACAGUGAGCCUGUGCAGAGGUCAGUACCACGUAGGCCAGGAACCCGUGCAAAUCCUGUGGUAGAGGAAGAGAAUUCCUCAGAAGGAGAAGAUGAUGCAUUCACUUUUGUUUGGUCAAGUUCCCCUGUCCCCGUGGUCAUUGAGAAUCCUGUUCAUCCAGAUCUAUCCAUGGCGGAUGUCCCAGAUACUCAGUAUACCAAACCUCCCAGCUCUUGUUCUGUUGAGGGUCCUGUACAUGCUCAAAGUAAUGACAACCCACCAGACUUUGACAACUUACCGGAUAUGUCCCAGAGUAUUUCAGAUAGUCCCUUGAUGAUAGAGUCUACUUCUCAUCAGAGUGAUGCUGAAUACGUAUGCACCAACAGAGACGCACCAACUGAACAAGCAAAUGAACCUGUCUUAAUUCAAAAUAAUCCACCCGCAGAUAAUCAUUCUGACGCCCGAGGAGAGCAAAUUGCAGUUCCUUCAGCUAUGUCUGACAAGGAUGAGGAGAAUGAUGGUCCUAAAGGAACAGAACUUGAGGAAGGAAAAGAGGAAGCAAGUGAAAUGGGUGGAAAGGAUGAAAUAAUGGAUACAGAAGAGAACAUAGAUACAAAUGAUCCUGUCAGGAGAUCUGAGAGGAACCGUCAACCUCCACGACGGCUUGAUUAUACAGAACUAGGAAGUCCUUUGAUCACAGCAGUGAAAUCAUUCUUUCAAGGACUGUCCACAGCUUGGGCGGGAGACAUAAGUGAAGACCCUAUUCAGUCACCUACUCCGCCUUUUCGGAUAAUUGUCAUUUAAGUGUCCACCAUGCACAGGGACGUGCAUAGGUUCAGGAGGGGAGGAUGUAACCAGGUAUAACAGACCCAUUGAUAAUAUUUUAAUAGAGUUCACUAAAAAGAAAAAAAGAGAGAGAUUGUUUAUUUUCUGUAUCUUUAUUUGUUCACAUCGGCAGAUUUUUUUAGUUUUCUUAUCGCAAUUGUAUGCAUCACACAGUUUACAUAUUCCCACGUGGGUGUAGGUAGCCUCAGCAGCCAAUCAGAGGUUACGCAAGUCACGUUCAGCGUGUCGACACAGAGACGAGGCGCGGGUGCAGCUUCUUCCGGUUUUUUCAAAAAUCAUAGCGAGAGAGACGGGGGUAGCUGUGUGUUAGCAAGGAGUCAAAACCAGGACAAAAUUUUGGAGGUUUGUCUAAAAGGAAAAAGAGUCGGAGCACACUUCGCCGAAGAUCCGGAGUCGUGUUAUAGAACGAAGUACGUCGGCUAACCACUUGCCCUUUUGUCUGGGAAGUUGCCACGAGGUCCAUCAUCGUCGUGUUACACUUUGAUAUACCCGGAGCAACGGUCAGGUUUUUUUGUAGGACGGAUGUUGUCCAGAACCAACAUCUCCAGUGAUUCUGAUGGCGAGCCAAGUCCACUGAGGAAAGUCCAGCACCGAUUUCCCUAUCCACCUGCACAUAAUACUUACCUUGCAAGUAUCUUUGGAACAAGGUGAACUGCACAACCUCUACAGCAAAUGCACUGGAACCAAUUCUUUUAUUUUUGUUUAAGGGCCCAACGGACAUUCUUUUAUUUUCUAGUGUGCACACUACUACUUUUAUUUUUGUAACUUUUGGGGUUUAUUUCACAUUUUGUACAAACUGUCAAGUGUAAACAAUAUAAGAGUGGCUACUCAAUUGUA